AUUUGUACUAUCUGCCUAGGUAACGCAUCACAAUGUCUGACUCGGAUGAUGAUUGGUUCAAAAAGGACGAAAACGAGCUUCUGCAAAAUCUGGAGCAACAGGUGAAACAACAAGUGGCUAGUGAGACGAAGGAGGAGCACAUUGAAUUCUACAUCCGGGCAGAUCAUAAUCGCGUGGAAUGUAGUCUAGAAUCCAGCGAUGCCAGCAAUGCGUCGGGUCGGUUUAACAUUUGCGAGUUUGCAAAUGCCCUGAAAAUGACGCCUCUGGAGAUGUUUCUGUAUUUUAUGACUGAAAAUCGUGAUCUCUUUAAGGAUCAGUUGCCCGCCAAAUAUUCGCAGAGGCGGGUUUCGUUGUAUGUGCAGAUCCUAACCGUGCUGGGCCAAUUGGAAUUGGGCGGUUUCAAUGAGGAGCUGCUCGCUGCGUUUGCCAAGCAAACUGUGCUGCUGUGCCACGUGAAGAACUUUGCCGACCGACUCUUUGAGCCGCCGUCUAAGGGUAACCUGGAUGAAAUCUCCGAACUGCUGUUGCGCAACAUAAAGUGGUUACUAAUACGCGCACACAAGCUCGGCGUUCUGGAGGAGACCGGCUACGAACUUAUCGAGCAUUUCAAAAUGCUGCUCGCCCGCAGCCAGUUGCCUGAGUUAUUGAAGCAACCGGUGUGCAUUGAAUUUGCCCAGGAACUUGCGGUGCUGCCAACCGUUCAACUACAUGUGAAACACGAGAUCUAUCCCAAGCUAGACGAUUUACGGGGAUCCGAGACGAAUGCUGUGAUGUCUUUGCCUGCCGCAGCCGGCGAUGUAGCGGGCUACAUAAAUUUGCAGCGUCAGCUGCUAUGUGAAGCCUUUUUGCACCCAUUGCGUGAAUUCGUGCAACGUCUGCGUGCCCAAAGCUAUGUCGAUCCACAGAUGGAGCAAAAUCUCUUCUUACCACACGCGGAGCUCAUACUAAAUCCACAAUUUUCCGAAGCGCAGAGGCAUAGCUUGAUAUUCAUGGACUUUAUACCUACGGAACGCAAGGACAAAGUUAAAUGUUAUAAAUUCAGCCCUUUGCAACGUGAACUCCUAAAGAACAUUAAAACAGGCACUUUAUUGUGCUUCACAAGCAGCUAUGAUUUUGACAAUCUGAUAUUGGCCACCGUCGGAUACACUGAAACCGAAAUGCGUAAGCAGGGCUAUUUAAGCGUGGAGAUUGCUAAGCAAUACAAUGUUGGUAAUAUCUAUGGAAAACCACUGAUAAUGUUUGAGGCGCCUGUCUUCUUUGAGCCGUAUCUGCGUGUGCACAAUUAUCUGAGCACAUGCAGCGCUGAUAACUUUCCCAUGCGACGUUACAUUAUCGAAGGCCAGCUUGAAAUCCAUCCGCCCGCCUACAUCAGACCCGAUGCUCAACUAACUUACAAUGGCGUAAAGUUUAUGGCUGCAGACCCUCCCAAAAAGACGCAACUUAAUGAUAUGCAGCGAACGGCUUUGGGUGCUGCACUCUCUAAUGAAUUCUGUCUGAUUCAAGGCCCGCCCGGCACAGGCAAGACUCAUUUAUCCAUUGAACUUGUCAACACACUGCUGCAGAACGCCGACCACUUAAAAUUGGGACCCAUUAUUGUGCUGACCUACUCGAAUGAGUCGCUGGACAAGUUCCUGCUGAAGGCGGCCAAGCACACGGAUAGCAUUCUGCGGUUUGGCUACCAGACACGCCAGCCCGAAAUCGAGCGAUUUAAUGUGCGCACAAAGAUUGAUGAAGAGCUGGUGCCACAUCGUCUGAAGAGAUUAUGGUGGUUGGUGAAGUGCGAGUACAAGGAACAGUUUGAGCGAUUGCAGACUCUGCAUUCCAGCUUCGAUGGCAGUGAGGAGUCCUAUGUGGCCAUACUAUCGGGCCAGGAGCAAUUGAAUCUGAUUGCAGAAAAAAUAAACACUCUGCGCAACAUAUUUCAAUACUAUGUGGCAAGGGACAAAUCAUUGCUGGGCAUGACCACAUCGUGUGCGGCACGAUUGAAUUUUUUGUUUCGCUUGCUGCAGAGCAAAUGUUUCAUCUUUGAGGAGGCCGCCGAGACACCUGAGGCGCAUGUGCUGGCCUGCCUAACGCCGUACACGCAACACGUCAUACUCAUUGGUGAUCACAAGCAGCUGCAGCCGCAUACGGGCAGACAUCAUAUGCAGCAGGGAUUGCAAAUUUCGCUCUUUGAGCGUCUGAUUACGAAUCAAUUUCCCGCAACGGUGCUCAAUGUACAAUAUCGCAUGCGCAAGUGUAUUGCCGAGUUGCUGGUGCCGAUCUUCUAUGAUGAACUGAGCAGCGACAACUCUGUGUUGGAAUAUCCCGAUGUGCCCAACAUGACAUCAAAUAUGUACUUUGUCAAUCACAAGCAUCCCGAGGAGCAACUGAGUGACAUGUCUUUCGUGAACAAGCACGAAGCUGUGGAGUUGAUCAAUCUAUUAUUAUACUUGAAGGCGAAGCCAAGCGACAUUGUCAUCCUAUCGCCCUACAAUGCCCAAGUCGAGUAUAUUAAAUCAAUUCUGCCAAGUCGGCGAUUAUACUGUGUGGCAAGUGUGGACAGCUAUCAGGGCUUGGAGGCCGACAUUGUGCUCUUGUCGCUGGUGCGCAGCAAUUCGGCUGGUCAAAUUGGUUUUCUGCGCCAGUUGAAUCGUGUCUGUGUUGCAUUGUCACGUGCUCGUUGCGCACUCUAUAUGAUUGGCAACAUGGAGACGCUGCAACGAGGCAAUCAACAACUUUGGGGUGCCAUCAAUAGCAAACUGCAAGCGGCGAAUGCGAUAGGUACGGCAUUCCCAUGCAUCACUGUGCCGAAGAAAGUGGUCAAAAUGUCUAAAAAGUAACAAUUAUUUGUCAUAAAUAAAAUGUUUUUUUUUUUUUUUUUUUUUUUUGUAUCUUCAAAUGUUUGUUUUUUAAUCUAAACGCACAGGUUUUUGAAUGAGUUUUCUUUCUGUGAUCAAAGUUUGCCGCAAGACGAAUGAAAAUCAUGAAUUUGUUUGUCUUUGUUAUUUUCAGUAAUGUAUACACUGAAAAUUGAUUGAACUUUGUUGUUCUCAAACCGAUAUUUAUCUUAAUGCACAUUACUUUUGUUGGAUUGCUAUUGCUACUUUAAAUAUGGUAUUAUGUAAUUAAAAAUUGUACGUGUGCUGCACAGUA